AUGAGUAGUGAACCCCGCGAUAAGAUUCUGGCUAAUUUUAUGGAAUGUACAGGCUUGGAGAAUGUAGAAGAAUGUAUCACUAUUCUUGAACAACACGAAUGGAAUUUACUUAAUGCUGUACAAGUAGUACACGAACGACUUGGAGGUGGAAGUGAGACGAACUAUGAAUCAGCAGUACCUAAACAUGCGGCGACGGCAGCUUCAUCACAUCGUUCAACAACUACAAAAUCACCAUCAGUAGUAAAAAAAACAAAUCAUGUCACUAGCAAUCUUAGACGCCAUUCAGAUUCGGAUGAUAAUAAUGAUUCAGAUGAACCACGUAUUAUCAGAAGUUUACCAGGUGGCCCAAAAACAAUCAAAACGACAACUGGAGCGGCAAGCCGAGGAUCAGUUCGUGAACUGAACUUUACGAUUGAGUACAAGGAUCAUACAGAAGUGAUUGUCAUACAUGAUACUGAAACUAUUCGUCAAUUACGAAUGAAGAUUUCGGAUAAAUUACAUGUUCCACCAAAUCGACAAAAUUUUGAUAAUUGGACUUCCAAACACUAUGAAGACCAUACAAUCUUAAAAGGUCUCAAUUUACCUAAAGACAAUACUAUCCACCUGAUAGCAACAGCCACAUCCAUGUCUAACGGACUUGCUCGAACAUCUUCGACAACAACCACAACAACUAACUCCAUUCGGCCUAAUCGUCAUCCUACAACACCACCAAAAGCUGCCACAACAGUAGCAAGUAGUUAUUUUCCCAUAACGGUGCUAUAUGAAGAUAAAUUCGGCAAACAAAUACCAUAUGAACUUGUCUUAAAAUCAAAUGCAACUAUUGCUGAUAUGAAAAAAGAAAUUGAACAUUCAACUAAUUUACCAACUCGUCAGCAAAAUUGGACUGGCUUAUCUGGCGUUAAAGAUACAGAUCAAUUGCGACAUACUUCCAUCAGUCGUAAAGCUCAUCUUUCGGUACGUAAAUUAGAGUCAUCAUCAUCUUCAUCAUCCACACCCAAACUACCAACAAAUAAACUUGAUUCAAAACAUUCCACAUUGACAAAACAUAAAAGUGAAGAUGACGCUAUGGAAGUUGAUCAUAUAAUAGAUUUAGAAUCCUAUGAUGAUGAAAUGAAUAACGGACAUGUUCAUUUGUCGAAAACAACGACUGCUAGUAAUAUGACAUCAAAUCGUGAAUUACUCAUCCCUGAACGUUGUACAGAUGAUAUAUUGGGUCUUGAACAUUUUUCACGUGUAUUUCAUGCACGUUACGGUACAACUGGUCCCAUACUCUAUAUUGGCUCAUUGGAUCAAGCAAUUCAAGAUUCUGUAAUGGCAUCGAGAAAUGAAAGACGUCCAUUAGCUAUUUAUCUUCAUAAUGAUCGAUCUGUUUGUGCCAAUGUUUUUUGUGCUCAAGUAUUAGCUAGUGAAACAACUGUUGAAUAUUUAGCAAAUAAUUAUGUUGUCUGGGCUUGGGAUAUAACUACAGAUGCUAACAGAACUAGAUUAUUGGAAGUAUUUAAACGAUGUAUUAACCAUCAAUAUGCUCAACGUAUAGCUGCGAUGGAAAAAGAUGCAUUUCCACUUGUACUUAUUCUUACACGUUCUCGUAGUUCAUUAGAAGUAAUAAGCAUUAUCGAAGGCAAAAGUACGCCAAGUGAAGCACUACUUACUCUUAUUCAAUCACAUGAUGUAUACGAAGAACAACGACAGCGUGAUGCUGAAGAAGAAAUCUCACGUGAAACACGGGAAAAUCUUAAAAAACAACAAGAAGAUGAAUAUAAUCGAUCGCUUCAAGCUGAUUUGGCUAAAGAACAAGCACGAUUAGACGACGAACGAAGACAAAAAGAAGAACAUGAUGCAAAUGAACGAUUAAAAAAACAAAAAUUACAAAAACAAGAAGAAUGUCAAGCUCGUUUACCGGCUGAACCAAGUGAUACAGAUAAAGAUAUUACUCGAUUGAAAAUACGUCUACCCAAUGAUGAAGGCAUUUUACUAAGACGGUUUCGUAUUAAAGAUCCUCUACAGAUGCUUUUUGAUUAUUUAACAAGUCAAGGUCGCAUGUUUGGCGAAUAUAAAAUUUUAUCAACCUAUCCUAAGCGCGAUUUAACACAACUCAAUCGAUUAGAUACAUUUGAACAGUUAAAAUUAUAUCCACAAGAACAACUUAUUCUUGAAGCUUUGUAG